CUCCAUUCUGACAGUAAUUAAUUGGGAUGAAAUAUUUAUUUAUUCAAGGGACUGGAGAUGUAAAAGCGACAUGGUUUGGAGAGAGAGUAGAAACACCACCAAGCCAUUCAAUAUAAAACCCAAGUUAUUAUUAUUAUGUCUCUAUUCAAUUUAUUUAGGUAUAAAAUAACAUAUCGUAUUCCUCUGACAAAAAGAAAUUGAUUUGAUCAUAGUCUACGUUACUAGGCACAUAGAGUUUUACUUUGACGGUCGUAAGAACAUGUAAUUAGUUACUUUUAACAACUCUCCGACCUUAUGGUUUGGUUAUACAUGAUCGAUGUAGGAAGUAAUGGAAAAGAAUGUUGCUGCUAUUCGAUAUGGAAGGAAGGAGUUGGACAUCCAGUGAUAAAACAGCGACCAUCAUGGAUAGAUAUAGAAAGGGGAUGUUAAGCAAAACGCAGAAGAAAGACCUCUUAUUGCAGCAGAAUUAUGAAAAAUGAGAAAGAAAAAAAAGAAGUCAAGAAUGACACGUUUCAGUUUCAUUCUGGAGAAAAGGUAAUUCUAACGUUCAACUACUAGUAACUAAAUAAAAAAAAGGACUUUGGUUUAUGCCUCGAGUUCGGAGACUAAUGCUACUGCUGCUCAGCUGGCCUGGGUUCUCUACCCUACGCCUAAACCAACAACAGCGUUUCUGAGAAGUAAACGGAGGAGAAAAAAGUUUUGUUAUUUUCGUCAAGUCAACGUCACCAGCAAAACAAGAAACAAAGCUGUGUUGCCGGUACGUAUGUAUGUAUACAUGUGUAUUAUUAUUAUUAUUAUUAUUAUUAUUAUUAUUAUUAUUAUUAUUAAGAUGGCCUUGGCCUGGGCCUGGGGGGUUAACUUUGGUAGAAGAGAAAAUUACCUCAAGGGGGAAUCCUACGUUGUUGUACACUCCCAACUCCUCCUCCCCAUUUCCUAUUUCACCCACACACGCACUCCCACGCGCGCAUUCACCAACACACUAUUUCCUUUCCUUCUCUUCUCUUUUCUUAUCUGCAUGGAGGAUGGAAUCCAUUUUACAUUCACAAUUUCGUUUUUCGUAUCCUUUCUCCUCCCUUGCUUAUGUUUUGUUUUUUCUCUUCUCUAAUUUUACCCCCAAAUUGAUUGAAAUAGACGACGAAGCAGUAAGAAACCCUAACUAGCUAACGGCAAUCCAUCCGAAACCAACAUCCGAUGCAAUUGACAUAAAAACCGUAGAGCAAAUCGAGUCAGUCGAGAAGAUGGGAAAGGAUUGUGCAAUUAAUGAGAGUGAAUUACCAGGAAUCCGUAGAGUACUCGAAGAGCUUCCCCUUGGUGGAGAAGACGAUGAGAGCCACUUCCGCGUCGCACAGAACAGAGAUCUCAUGAGCCUUCUUCAGCAGACCGGACCGCCGCUUCGAGAACGUCACCUGCCUGUUGAUCUUGUUCUCUAUCCUCCGCAGCUGCACUCUCCCUCUCCCCAUUCUCUGCUCUCUCUGCCUUCCCGAUCCAGCCGGAUUGAUCAAGCUCCACCGCACCAGAUCAGAGGCCGAGCACUUCACCAGAUGUAUGUAGAUCGAUCGACAGACCACCUCAAACCGCCUCUCUCUCUCUCUCUGCUAAUUCCUUCCUUCCGCUUCUCCAAUGGCCUCCCCCUUCUUCUUUUAGUUCUCUAUGCUGUGUUUGGCGGAGGCAAGAAAUUGAGAGAGAUUUCUGAGCGCUAUGGCUGCUUUGCUUUGCCUCGCCUCUCAGGUGGUUGGGUGUGUGGAACGUACCGUGGGUAUUGCGUAUAUAUCUUGGGGGAGAGAGAGUGGGUUUUCAGGUGCGAUUAGCGGUUUUGUGAAACCAGGUGGUUUCGUCGAGUUCGUUGUCGAUUUUUGAUUGGUUGGAGAAUGACUGUUUUUUUUAUUUUUCCCACUUUUCUCCUUCGCUUUUUUUGGCAUUUUUGG